GCUGUUAAAAAAGUAGCUUAAGUAAACAACGGACCGGAAAAAGGGAUGUCCGGAGCUUGUGAGGCGCUGACCCGACUCUGAAAACACCUGCCAAGAUGCCUGCAGUAUCUACAGGGGUCAAAGAGCUGUAUUUAUCCACAUCUCUGGGUGACCUCAACAGAAAAGCCGAAGUAAAGCCAGACAAGACGAGCACCAGAAGCUAUGUUCAGAGUGCCUGCAAACUUUUCAAGGCGGCGGAGGAGAACCGUCUGGACCGGGAUGAGGAGAAAGCUUAUGUGCUGUACAUGAAAUAUUUAACGGUAUACGAUGUUAUUAAAAAGAGACCAGACUUCAAACAACAACCGGAGUAUUACAUAACUAUGCUGGGGCCAAACAGCUUUAAGAAAGCCAUCGAAGAAGCUGAGAAGCUGUCUGAAAGCCUUAAACUCAGGUACGAAGAAGUCGAGGUCAGAAAAAAACUGGAGGAGAAGGAGAGAUUAGAGGAGAAGAAGAAAAGGGAGGAGGAAAGUGAGAAAAGAAAUGACCGGAGCUCUCCGAAAACCUCGGCCACAAACAGGAAGGACAGCAAGAAGGUGAAAGGAGAGCAGAAUGAGCUGAAGAGCGUCAUCACUAAAGCUGCACAGCCGGCAGGCGGGAUCACAGCGGAGAAACUUUUCCACAUGAUGAAGAACCAGACCAUCUCCAUAAUCGUCAUGGACGCCCGCGGCCACAGAGACUACGAGGAGUCCCACAUUCAGGUCGCGGGUCAGAUCUGCAUCAGCGUGCCCGAGGAGGCCGUUAGUCCCGGAAUCACUGUGAAUCAGAUUGAAGCGAAGCUGCCCGACGCGUCCAAGGAUCAGUGGAGGCGGCGAGGAUUUAUGGAUUAUAUAAUCCUGCUGGACUGGUUCAGCUCAGUCACGGACCUUAAAUUAGGCACCACCUUACAGAGCCUUAAAGAUGCCCUCUUUAAGUGGGACAGCUUGACCAUUUUGCGUAGCGAGCCGCUGGUUCUGGAGGGAGGCUACGAGAACUGGCUGCUGUUUUACCCCAUGUACUCGAGCAACGCCAAAGUUCAGCCCCCGAGACGGACGGUCGUCAACAGCCUGCCUCAAUUGAACUUUAGCUACCCGUCUUUAGAGGAACCACAACCUCCGACUCCGGUUCAGACGGAGCCUGAAGUUUCACCUGAGCCUCCAGAACCAUCGGCUCCUGCGUUGGUGAACGGGGUAACACCUGCCGAGCCUCCAGCAUCCAAAACCUCCACGGUUGUUGACACUGUUGAGGUCCCCGUCUCUGGUUCCACGACUCCUGGGCUCGACCUAACCAAGAGGGCCGACCAGCCUCCUGCGACAGCCAGAUCGUUCCCCCAGUUUGACCGUACCAAGAAACCGUCUGUCCCAGAUCCAACUAAACCCAACCAGAAGAUGGACUCCACCCCGAAUGGUCCGGCUAUCCCCGAUCGCUCCGUCAAACCGGCGUUCAGCCCCAACGCUGCUCUGUCCAAAGACGAACAGAAGCAGAUACACUCCGAGGUGGUGGCCAUGAAGGAGAAGGCGAGACAGGAGCAGGAAAAACGCAACCAGGAGCGCCGUUUGGAAGAGGAGCAGAAGGAGAAGGAGACGAGAGAGAGGCUCGAAAAGGAGGAGAGUGAGAGGAGGAAGGAGGACGAAGAGAAGAAACAUCAGGAGAAAAGGAGACUCGAGAGGCAGAGAGCAGAGGAAGAGGAGGACAAAGAGAACCGGGUCUGGGAUGAGAGGGAGAGGCCGAGUUCUGACAUUCCUUCAAAGAGCAUGUCUCUGGACUCGCCUGCUCCGAACCGCAUCAUCAGUGAAAUCAAGAGGGAGCCUCUGACGCGAGCGAGGAGUGAGGAGAUGGGACGGAGUGUCCCGGGUCUUCCAGACGGCUGGAUGAGGUUUCUCGACACGGUGACUGGCACCUUCAGAUACUAUCACUCCCCCACCAACCGCGUCCACCUGUACCCCCCGGAGGUCACGGUCCCUCAGACUCCUCCCUCCACACCUCCGACGGUCAAACCGAAGCCGUCGGCUGAGCCCGACACCGAGCACGAGCGAGAGCAGGAGCAGUCGAAGCUGAAACGCUCCUACUCCUCUCCGGACAUCAGCCAGGACCUGAGAGAGGAGGCCCAGAAGAAGACCGCCGCCGUCACCGCCACCAUCCCCAGCAUCAACAGAGACACCAAACCUCCCAGCUUAAAGGUUCAUUCUAAGGCAGAGAUCGUUCGACCAUCUGCUGCUAAAAUCCGUAACCUGAAUCCCACGUUUGGAGGUUUGGGCGCUUCGCUGACUGGCCUUCGUAACUUGGGCAACACGUGCUACAUGAACUCCAUCUUGCAGUGUCUCUGCAACACUCCCGGGAUGUCCGAGUACUUCAACAACAACUACUACCUGGAGGACAUCAACAGGGCCAACAUUCUGGGUCAUAAAGGGGAGGUGGCGGAGGAGUUUGCCGUGAUCAUACAGUCCCUGUGGGCCGGACAGUACAAGAACAUCAGUCCUCGGGACUUCAAGAACACCAUCGGCAAAAUCAACGAGCAGUUUUCCGGCUACGACCAGCAGGACUCCCAGGAGCUGCUGCUGUUCCUCAUGGACGGGCUCCACGAAGACCUCAACAAGAGAGCCGACAACAGGAAGCGCUACAAGGAGGAGGAGAACGACCACCUGAACGACCAGGCUGCAGCUGAUGUGUCCUGGAGCAAACACAAGAUGCUGAACGAGUCCAUCAUCGUAGCGCUGUUCCAGGGCCAGUUUAAGUCCACGGUCCAGUGUCUGACCUGCCACUGCAAGUCGCGCACGUUUGAGACCUUCAUGUACCUGUCGCUGCCCCUGGCCUCCACCAGCAAGUGCUCCCUGCAGGACUGUCUGCGGUUAUUCUCCAAAGAAGAGAAGCUCACCGACAACAACAAGGUGUUCUGCAGGAAAUGCAAAACCCACCGAGACUCCACCAAGAAACUGGAGAUCUGGAAGGUUCCCCCAAUCCUUCUGGUGCACCUGAAACGGUUUUCUUAUGAAGGUCGAUGGAAGCAGAAGCUUCAGACCUCAGUGGACUUCCCUCUGGACUGUCUGGACCUGAGCCAGUACGUUAUCGGGCCCAAACAGAACCUGAAGAGAUACAACCUUUAUGGAGUUUCUAAUCACUACGGAGGCCUCGACGGCGGCCAUUACACCGCCUACUGUAAGAACGCCCAGAAGCAGCGCUGGUACAAGUUCGACGACCACGAAGUGACCGACAUCUCCGCCUCUUCGGUGAAGUCGUCUGCAGCGUACAUCCUGUUUUACUCCACCCUGUGAACAUGGCAACGGGGCGGCGAGGCUCCAGGUUAAGCUCUUUUCAGAACCGCAGUGGACGUGUCUGAAGCUGCGGGUCAGGAGGUCACACUGAGCCAGUGAGAUCCUGGAGGCGCUCCGCGCAAAGCUUCAGCUGUUACAGCAGCUAAAACCUGCCGCUGCACAUGUCACUGACAUCCAGAGACUAAAGCUGCUCUCGUUAACCCGACCUUCAUACUAGAGUUGUGUUUUAGGGCUGACAGC